CUUCCUUUUCAGCAUCUCUGCUAGCUGUCUGGCUUGAUCCCUCUCACUCAUGUUUGAGCCCAGGCUGUCAUUAUCGGAUACCCCCCUGUUUUGGAAUUUUACAUUUUUUUUUUUUUUUUUUUAAAAGAGGGACUAUAUUUGGUGCACAGUCAGCAUUAAUUUAUGGCUCAGCAUGUGUCCACAUGAGAAUUCCACAAAUCAAUGGUAGUUAGAAGAGACCAGCCACCAUCCUUACAUUCAAGCUCAAGAAACAAAUUAGACUGGAACAUCAAGAUUUCUUUAGAAAACACCUGGAGUGCAAGCAGAUCAAGAGAACCCAAGCGAACCUAAGGCACUAAGGAUUAUGCCCAUAUAGGCUCCUGGGUUUGUGCAUGAUCUGAGAGUGCUGUGUUGGUUAGAGUAUAUUUGAAAUCAUGGCCGACCCCUACCACAGCAACAUUUACCAACAGGGAGACGGAGACAGCUAUGGGACUUACGGCCACGGCGGAUCGGAUGGCUACGCUUAUCAGACUGACUACCCUCCCCAGGAGGAAGAUGCCGCCAGUGAUGUCACUGAGGGACAUGAUGAAGAUGAUCAAAUGUACGAAGGGGAGUACCAGGGUAUCCCGCACCCGGACGAGGUCAAGGCUGCCCGGAGGGCGGCAAGGGCAAAAGCAAGAACUGCGGCAGAUGCAAUAUCAGAACAGGAAGAGCUGGCGGAACAAUAUGAGGAUAUAAUGGAGGACUGUGGACAUGGGAAGUUCCAGUGGACCCUGUUUGUGGUGCUGGGUUUGGCUCUCAUGGCGGACAGCGUGGAAUGCUUUGUAGUGGCCUUGGUGCUGCCCAGCGCAGAGAAAGACAUGUGUUUGUCCCAUGCUGAGAAGGGAAUGCUGGGUUUGAUAGUAUUCUUGGGAAUGAUGUUUGGGGCAUUUAUUUGGGGUGGUCUGGCUGACAAAGUGGGCCGAAGGAAAUGUCUGAUCAUCGCCCUGGCCAUGAACUGCAUUUCUGCCUUCUUCUCCUCAUUCGCCCAAGCAUACGGCUUCUUCCUGUUCUUCAGGCUGUUCUCGGGCAUUGGGAUUGGAGGAUCCGUCCCAAUCGUGUACUCAUACUUUUCUGAGUUUUUGCAGAUGGAUAAGAGGGGGGAGCAUCUCAGCUGGCUCUGCAUGUUCUGGAUGAUGGGAGGCAUCUAUGCCUCCUUCACUGCCUGGGGCAUCAUCCCUAGAUAUGGCUGGGGAUUCAGUAUGGGCACAGAGUUCCAGUUCCACAGCUGGAGAGUGUUUAUGCUGGUCUGUGCUCUUCCAGCAGUCGCAGCUUUUGUUGGGCUUAUGUUCAUGCCUGAGAGCCCACGCUUCCUGCUGGAGAAUGCAAAACAUGAUGAGGCCUGGAUGAUCCUUAAACAGGUUCAUGACACCAACUGGAGAGCAAAAGGAGAACCUGAGAGAGUGUUUACUGUAACUCAGAUCAAGACUCCAAAAACACAGGAGGAUGAGUUUAUUGAGAUUCAAAGCGCAACUGGAACUGCUUUCCAGAGAUGGGUGGUUCGGACUCUGACACUGACCAAGCUGGUCCUCAAGAAUGUUUUGUCCCUCUUGGGUCGUGAUCUAAGACUUGCAACUCUGCUAAUGGCCAUCAUAUGGUUCACAAUGGCAUUCAGUUACUACGGGCUUUCGGUGUGGUUCCCUGACAUGAUCAAACAUCUCCAACAUGAGGAGUAUGAAUCCAAGCUGAAAGUAUUUCACAGGGAGAAGGUUGAGCAAUUUCAUUUCAACUUCUCCUUAGAGAAUCAAGUUCAUAAAGAGGGAGAAUACAUCAAUGACAAGUUCAUCAACAUUGAGAUGAAGUCUGUGAAGUUUGAAGACUCUCUGUUUGAGGACUGUUUAUUUGAGAACAUCAGAUCCACAGAAACGUUCUUUGAAAACUGCACCCUCCGUGACACUGUGUUCAAUAAGACAGAUUUAUAUAAAGAGAAGUUCAUUGACUGUACUUUCGAGAAUGUUACUUUCCUGCACAACAAGAAGGGAUGCCACCUAGACUAUGAUGAGGAGAAUGAUGUCCUCAUCUACUUGGUCAGCUUCUUGGGUAGUUUGGCUGUGCUGCCUGGAAAUAUAAUCUCGGCACUCUUCAUGGACAAGAUUGGAAGAAUCAAGAUGAUAGGGGGUUCAAUGCUUAUUUCAGCUGGCUGCACCUUCUUUCUGUUCCUGAGCUUCAGUCAGGCAGCCAUCAUAGCCUGGCAGUGUCUGUUUUAUGGGGUUAGCGUGGCAGCAUGGAACGGCAUUCAGGUCGUCACUGUGGAGCUCUACCCAACUUCCAAAAGAGCCACAGCGUUUGGAGUGUUAAACGCCACUUGUAAGUUGGCGGCCAUCUUGGGGAGCUCAAUCUUUGCCUCAUUUGUAGGCAUUACCAAAGUUAUCCCCAUUCUCCUGUCAUUUGGUGCUCUGGUUGGUGGCGGAGUGCUUGCCCUGAAACUGCCCGAGACCAGGAAGAAGAUCUUGCUGUGAGGAUUUGAAGCCAAAUCGUUGGUCCAGCCUAUUAGAUACGGCUAUAAGUGUGGAGUUAAACAACUGCUGGCAUGUACAAAACUGGGUUCAUUUAAAAAAGUUGAAAUUACUCCAUAUAUUUAAAAGAGACGUUCAAAUCCCCAUAUGGAAAUUCCUUUACUUAAAGUUCUGCUUUGGAAUAAAUGUGAUAUAAUGUCAAUAAACUCCAAUGUUCAACUCGACAAACCAAAUGAUGGAUCAACCCCAAGUCAAACACUAAUGUAAUGAUAUGCCUGGUAUUUAAUAGAUGUGAAAGGAGCCUGUUGGGUCAUUUGCAGCCUCAAAAGCAGGCACAAAAUAAUCUGCACUAGUUACAGUAUAUAGGUCCAGGAAAGCCUACAGGGAAUGUUAUAGAAAAAAAACAAUGGGAAAAUUGUCCCAGAUUUGCGUGGAUGGGGUAAUGAAUUGGAUUUCACAUUGACAAGUCAUAGAAGUCACAAUCUUGUGCCAUUUCUUGGUGGAAAAAUUCAGGUACUGUUGAAAAUGUUCUUGUUUUUUUAUUCUAUAGCUUAUAUUUUGCCCUUACACAAACAGCUAGCUUCUCAACCUCUGCCUUUGCUUAUGAUAUAACAGCCGCUGAAUAAAUGUGUAUUUCUAUCCUGGUGUUCGCCAAGUGUCCUGUGUCAAUGAGACUGAUUUAAAUAUUAUUUGGUCUGUUGUUCCUGUACGUUUGGAUGCUUAGUGCAGAAUGUAAGCUUUGAGUUGUGUUUGUUAAGUCAUGGUGGAAAUGAUUACUUCUGCUUCCUCCAUUUUUUUAUUUUUGCUUUAUUAACUGUAAUUGCCCAAUUUCUGCAGUGCACCUUAAAAUGCUAUGCUAUAUUUUUGGCCACUUUACCUUGCCUUUCACACUAAAUGUGUUGUUUCUUAGUCUCUUUCUCUAUCGCUCUUUCUUUCUUUCUCUCUCUUUAUUUCUAUAUUUUAUAAUUUUGAAUCCUGUGGAAUCCUGAUAAACUUAAUAAAACAAAAGCUAGUUAACUUGGACAGUGGUCAGUUCAAUUCUAUUGACCAACAUGGACAUGUGCUUCACAUGGCCACAUAUCUGUACUUGUUGUUGACUGAGUUGCAUGUAUGUAAUGUUUGUGUCUUUUUUCAAUGUGUUGUUGAGGAAACAAAAUGACUGGAUGAUUUAAUGUAUGUCUCACUGCAAAUAAAAAUGGUUAGACCAUAGUCAUUGGUAACCUGUAUCCUCACUUUAGUUAUAUGUUAUUGAGUGUGUUUUUUCCCCACACAAAUCAAACAUUAUGGCAGUAAUAAGUCAUCAUAUUUUAUAAAAGCUUCAUAAACGAAGUUGUGCAUGCCAUUAUAUCACAGUUUUGCUUUGAAAUACCAAAUUCUGUACAAUACGUGAACCACUCUGAAACAAAGGGUUGCGGAGUUACUUUACACCUCAAAGGUGGGACAGAUUCAAAAGUUGAUACACUUCUGAAAAGGAAACGAGAUAAAUAUUGCAGUAAAAACUGAUCAAAGAGAGCUUAACAGUGCUGGUAAAUGUGUAGUAUAAAACAAUGUUAUAAAAAUGACAUUUCUGGGUUCAAUUAAAAGGAAAGAAUGGGUGAUAAAUAAUUUAAUUUGUGCUAACUGAUGCAUAAUGAAUAAUACAUUCAGAAUAAUGAAUUGUAAGUUUAUUUGUAAGAAUUUAAUUUAUUACCACUACUUAUAUAUAUAAUGUAUAUAUAUAUAUAUUCUGGCUGUCACAGAAAUAUUUUCAUUGUAUCUUUUGUCUGUUCUGAUGCUUUUGUUUUGUGACUGUAAAUGAUGAAUUAUAAAAAUAAACAUGUAUGUGUUCUGA